ACAGGCCAUAAGUCAGUUCAGUUACAUGUAAUAUUGUUUUGAUUUGUGUUUGCCAAUUUGCCACAUGAGAAGAGGAUAUUUUAAUUAAUACAGAAUUAUACAAAGAUGGCAUUUAGACCAUUAACAGAUGCUGAGUGUGGCCAAGCUAAUCCUUUGACAAGAUUAACUUCUCAUAUUACCCAUGAUCAUACAUUUUCCGAUAGUCAUGGGCAAGUUUUACAAAGCAGUUCGGACCAACUGGUUGAACAAUUUUUACAAGAAACCAGAGCUUUACCACAGACAUUUCGAAUGGAUGAUUUGAUGCGAGAAAUGCAUGAAAUCGAGUCACAAAGGUCAUCUCUACCUCCCGUACCAGCCUCUACUGUUAAAGACCAGCUUCACGAUAAUGCCUGGGCACAACAGUAUAUUGAGGAUGGCAAAACUUUUCAUGAAAAUGAUGAUAACGAAGCAGUUUGGACGGAAAUUAUAUCACAAGAACAAACUGAUCGCGACUUUCAAGCCCUUGCAGAUGUCUGGACAGCUGACAUGUUAAACUCGGAGCCAGGUCCUAGUAAUGUGCUUUUGAAUUCUGAAGAUGCAGGGGACCAAGUAACAAAAGAUACAAAGUUUGUAUAUUCUAAGUUUAUGAGGUUUAUGAAAAAUGAAGAGGAGGGUGACGUUUUUGAAGAGGGAAAAUUGACAGAACAAGAGGCAAAAGCUUGGACACACGAAUAUUUUAAUGCAAAGGCUAAAGAAAGUACAGAUGCCGUAGCAGAAAAGUGGACAAAGGAGCAUCUUCAGACAAAUGAGGAUGAGUUCAAUUCAACUUUCUGGAAUAAACUUCAAGAGGAAAUGAAAAAGGUGACGGAAUCCGAGAUAGAUCCUGCUCAUCCUUGGAUAGAUGAAUUUAAUAAUUAUUAUAAUGUUCCACAGAAGGAAUAUGAGUUCAGUGAAGAAAAUCCAAUGUUGGAUUUACCGAAACCCUUAGAAAGGGGUAAACAGUUACUAGAAGAAGGGGAUUUUCCAAGUGCAGUGUUGUGUUUUGAAGCCGCAGCAAAGCAAGAACCAGAAAAUAUAGAAGCGUGGCUUUUGCUUGGCACAACGCAGGCCGAAAAUGAACAGGACCCCAGUGCAAUACCAGCCUUGAACAGGUGUCUUCAGCUGGACCCGACUAAUUUGACAGCUUUGAUGGCUCUGGCUGUCAGUUACACGAACGAGAGCUACUACAACCAGGCGUGUCAGAUGUUACUGAACUGGUUGAGACAUAAUCCUAAGUACGGUGACGUUGUGCCGCCAAACUUGACACUAUCCGGGCAAGUUACAAGUUUGUUAUCUCCGGCGCAGCAUAAGUUGGUACAAGACCUAUUUAUCAAAGCCGCCCAACGACAGCCGAAGGACGUGGAUUAUGAAGUUCAGUGCGGUUUAGGUGUUUUGUUUAACUUGUCUGGGGAGUACGACAAAGCAGCGGAUUGUUUUACAGCAGCCCUUUCCGCUAAACCAGAGGACGCCAGAAUCUGGAAUCGAUUGGGGGCAACACUGGCAAACGGUUCAAGGCCGGAGGAAGCUGUCGAAGCUUACUACCAUGCUUUGAAUAUUGCUCCUGGAUUUAUCAGGGCCAGAUAUAAUGUAGGAAUUACCUGUAUAAAUUUGAACGCUUACAGAGAAGCGGCAGAGCAUUUUUUAACGGCCCUAAACCAGCAAGCCAGGGGGAAGGACGUAACAAACUCGGGUGCUAUGUCUCAGAUGUCGGACACUAUUUGGUCGACGUUGAGGAUGUGCAUAUCUCUGAUGAACAGAGGCGACCUGAAGCCUGCGGUAGACAACAAAGAUCUUCCACAAUUAAAUAAAGCCUUCGGUAUCGAUUAGUAACAUUUAUGGUGGAUCGGAUGGUUUCUACGCGGUCAGGUGUUUUAAAAUAAAUAAAGUUGUUAUUUUUUUACAGGUUGUAUUAAUAGCAAACUUAUUCAUUUUAAAUAUAUAUUAUUUGUUACUGUCAAUUUUAUUC